UUUGACUGAACAAACCAAACAAAAAGUGCAGCUUCACGAUGUUCGCGUGUUUGCUUUCCCUGCUCUUUACAGUCACACGGCUUUUCUGUUUCCUGUUUUGUUGUUUUUCUCUCCCUGCAGCUCUGUCUCAUUUCAGCGACAGUAUCUUGGAGUACCUGGCCAACUUAGACAAGGCUCCAGAUCCUUCAGUCAGAAAAGACACGUUCUCCAGUGACAUCUAUGCUGCUUUUGAAAUCCUCUUCAAUAACUGGUUACAAAGCAGAGAGCCCAAGUUGAGGCUGACAGUGGCUGAGGCGGUGGGAUCAAUGUGUCAUCUGAUGGCCAGCGAUAAGCUGGAGGAACAGAUUCCCAGACUUGUUCCUGCCAUCCUGUCCCUGUACAAGAAAAACAAUGAGCACUACAUCAUUAGCAAGAGUCUGUGCCAAGUCCUAGAUGCAUCUGUCAACAUGGGCAGCAGGGUGCUGGAGACACAACUGGAAGCUCUGCUCUUUGCACUGCACCAACAGGUGUCUGCCCCUGUUGACUACAGUAACCCUCCUACUGUCAAGAACCACAAUGAGGUCCUGCGCUGCUUCAGUUUGAUUGCCAACUCUUUCCCAGAUCGCCUGGUUAUGUUUGUUCUUCAGAAGUUGGAGAACAGUAAUGAGAGAAGCAGGCUGGGCUCCUUGGCUGUCCUCCGUCACCUCAUCAACUCCUCCACUUCUACUAUGGAGAGCAAGAAGCUGCUGAUUCUGGCCAGCAUCAGACAGCCGAUGGCUGACCACAGCAACAAGGUGAAGAAGCGUGUGGUCCAAGUGAUCAGUGCCAUGGCUCAUCACGGCUACUUGGAGUUAGAGGGAGGAGAGUUACUGGUUCGAUUCAUAGUUCAACAUUGUGCUUUACCUGACACGUAUCAGCGGAGUCAGAGGCCCACAGAUCCAGAGGAGGUAACUAACGAGUCACUCAGGUCAAUGUGUGACAACACCCUUCAUCUCCUCACUACCACUGUUGGACGACUAGCCGAUGUACUGUGGCCAAAGUUGCUGUAUUAUCUGACCCCUUCACAGUACAGCAAUGCCACUACUCCUCUUUGUAAAAGUCUCAUAGUGCUGGGCAACAAGAAGAAAAAUAACCAAGAGCCCAGCUUCAAAAUCGACUUUACACGGGAAGUCAAUCUACCAUCUCCACAAACACUGAUGAUCAGACUGCUGGUGAAUGCAGCUUUUCCAUUCAAUAACAGAGAUCAUGGCGCUCCAUCCCUCUCUCUCCUCCAAAUCCUCAGUAUUAACAUUCACCCCAAUGCUGAGGCAGUCUGGGACAAAGAAAUAGCUCCACUGCUUACAGUACUAGAGGAGUCCGCUGCAGAAAGUCUGGAUAAGAAGGAGUGGGACAAGAGGUUACUGGAGCUCUUGUCUAAAACCCUGACAGCACUUGAUGAUGAUAAGUGGGUAUGUCAGUUGGCAGCUGAAUCAACCAGAUACCUCCCUACGUAUAACAACGCCUUAGAGGAGAAGAGCUUCCUGUAUCGAUGUAUAGGAGUGACUCUCCAACACUGUUACAAUAAAGACCUGGUCAAAAAACAGCUGCAUGAAGUUCUCCUCGCAGCUCGGCACAGUGAUGCAGUCGAAAGAGAGGGAGUGGCGAUGGGCGUCGGUCUGUGUGCAAAUAGCCACUUGGAGGGAACUCUGGCCAAGCUGGAUGAGUUUGGAAAAUCGGAUGCCUUCAAGAAGUCACCGAGCAUCUUUAACCUGCUCAAAGAGCGUAAUGAUGUCGAGGUGGAGAAGGUGAAAAGCACAUUAAUCCUGUGCUACGGUCAGGUGGCUGCGAACGCCCCUCCAGAAAAGAUUCUGAACCGCAUUGAUCAGGACAUCCUCCGCUGCAUCAGUAAACAUUUCAACACCAAGGUUCUGGGGAUUAAAGUAGAGACAAAGGACCUGACUAUGAAGCUCAGUUUGAUCCAAAGUGUUGGCCUCAUAGCCAAAGCCAUCAGCGAGUGUGUAAAGAAACAAGGCUACAUCUUCUCUCGCAAGCAGGAGCUCAUUACUGUUAUGCUGGACUUCAUUAAGGCAGAGCAAGCUGAUGCACUGAGGACUCCAGUACGCCAGCUCGUGAUGAGCACGUGUGCCAACCUUAUUCCACUGGACCCUGCGAUGAGUGAGAAUGAGAACUUUGACUUGCUAAAGGUGUGUAUCAACGGUGUGUUCUCUCUGCCAGCUGAGACGAACACUCCAGAGAAAACUAAAGAAGAGGAGCCGCUCGACCCCAAGCAGAGAAAGGCGCUGUACAAAGACACGCUGGCUGCUCUGCAGGAGCUGCUGAAGAGAAUAUUGGCUAAAGAUCCAACACCCGACGGUUUACAGAAUGUCUUUAAGCACAUUGAAUCAUGGUUGAGUUCUGGACAGGACCACGAGAGGGAGCGAGCUAUCACAGCCACAGCUCACAUACUGGCUUACUACCUGGAUAACCUGACUGUCAAGAACAUGGUGUCUUUCCACAACCUUGGAGCUCUGCUGGGCCGCCUGUCUCCACGCUGUUCGGACCCUGUCCCUGCCGUACGCGCUGCUGCCAUCGAGUGCAUACACACACUCCUUUAUAUACAACUUCGAUAUGAAGGAUUCUCUUUGGAUUAUAAGGAUGAAUCUGUGGACUCUCUGCUGUCGUUAAAGGAUCGGCUGGAGAACCCUGACCACUCAGUUCUGUACAAGACCUGCUCAGACCUUACCAAGGUGAUGAGUAAGCGUCUGCCUCAGCAGCAGCUGACGACAUUGGUGUUCAUGCUGUUUGAAGGGCUUGUCGACAGCCAGACAAACUGCUGCCGAGCUUCAACUGUCAUUCUGAAUACUCUGCUCAAGAACAGAGGAGGCGGACUACAAGAUAUGGUCCCAGAGAUGCUGGAGGUGCUGCAUGUGCGUCUGCAGAGCGUCACAGAGGACCAGGUGAGAGUGGCAGUGGGACAAACAGUACUUAUCCUGGCUUCUCAGCAUCUACAGACUGUUAUCAAUACACUAGUCAACCAACCACUUCCUUAUGACAACUGGAUCAGUGAGAUGUGGAUGGCUUUGGGAGCAGACCCCAUUGUAGCUAAUCAGAUCAUGGAGAUGGUGAUGGAGAAACUUAGCAUCAUGGCACCCUACGUAGACAAGAAGGAGUCAUUGAUGAGAGGAGGGACAACAAAGGUGGCUACUAAUCAGCCACUGGCUAUGACAUGCGGUCUCAAGGAGCUGUUAUUAAACGGUCAGAGUCAGGAGCCAGCGGUCAGUCUGUUCCCUCGGCUAUUCUCCUGCCUCACUGUGCGACUGGGAGCGAGCGUCGGAGUCUCAGCACCAAAGGACAGCAACUCAAAACACACUGCCUCCAUCCACGUCGCAGGGGUAGCAGCUGAAGCGCUGAGAAUUUUGUUAGCACGAGCCCAGUUAGAUGAGGUGAUGAAAAAACUGGAUGAGGAUAACGCCUGGGAUGCAGUGAAGGAAGCCAGUACACAUGUUAAAGGAGUGACACUGCUAGCAAGGGCGAUGGCAAAGCAUGCUGGUCCCAGAUUGCCUGCAAUCGUGGAGUGUCUGUGUCCAUUACUGAACAAUAUCUAUGAAUGCCAGCGAAUCACUGUCACUGCUUUCUUUUCUGAGCUGUUGAACCAUCAUGUGGUGACAGAGCUGAUGUUAGUAGAUGUGUUAAUGAACAACAUGAUGGAGAGGAUAUCAGAUCCAUGCUGCACGGUCCGCAUGUUGUCUGUGCGAGGGCUGGGGAACAUAGCCGUGGGCUCACCUGAAAAGGUGAAUAAAUAUGCCAAGGAGCUGCUGGCAGCCAUGAGUUCAGGAAUGGAGGAGAAAGAUGAUCCAGAUAAACUGAUCACACUUGAGGCCAUGUCAGGCCUGUCUAAAGUUCUUGUCCACCUCGACAAGAAAAACGUUCACCUACUCGCGGUCUACAUCUUCAUGAAGAUUAAACCUUUCUUGGAAAAUGAGAACGAUGACAUCCGCUGUACUUCCAUCCAUCUCAUGGGUAACCUGUCCACGUUUGGCUCAGGAGAGCAAGUGUUCAAAGACCAAAUCCACAAUGUUCUGGUCAGCCUGCUGUUACACCUGGUUGAUCCAAACCCAGAGGUGGUUAAGGCGUGUAAGUAUGCGAUGCGAGUGUGUGCUCCUGUAGUGGGAUCAGAACAGAUCACAGCCAUGUUUCAGAACCACCUACAUGAAGAUAAGAGCUUGCACUACGGAGAAUUCAUCAACGACCUCACAAAAUACCUGAUUCAGGACUUUCCUGGCAUGCUGAACUUCUACCACAUUUCAGUCAUCCAAUUCUUCAAGAGUAACUGGCCUGAGGUCAGAGCAGGAGCUGCCAUGUUUAUAGGGUUCAUGCUGGGAAAUCUUCAAGAGGAGCAUCAUUCCCACCUCAACAUGGGCACCAUCACUAAAGGUACAGUGAAA